AUGAACCCGGCGAACGCGUUUGGAUGGGCGUACAUGAACAACUGGCACAACAUGGGGGAGCAAUUCGAGUACUGGAUUUCCCAAUUUGCAAGUGCGGUUUUGGAGGGCGAAGAAAAUAAGUUAAAAAAAGCAGGCCAAUUUGUUGCAGCGAGGUAUGCAUCGGGAUCACUAGCUCAACAACAGAAUUUGAUUGAUCAGCAAAAGCAGUUGUACCCAUCACAAACACCCCUUCCAGAGGCAUCGACAAUGUCUUUUGAUAGCUCUGCCCAGAGGGGGCAUUCGGCCGGGGGUGACUGGCAAGAGGAGGCUUACCAAAAGAUGAAAUCCAUGAGGGAAGCAUAUUUACCUGAAUUGAAUGAGAUGUACCAGAAAAUCUUUAUAAAGAUACAGCAGCAUGAGUCUCUUCCACAACAGCCAAAUUCAGAGCAGCUUGAAAAAUUGAAAGCUUUUAAAGGGAUGUUGGAGCGCGUAAUUGCUGUUUUGCAAUUUGACAAAGCUGAUAUAGUGCCUAGUUUGAAGGAGAAGCUGGUUCAUUACGAGAAACAGAUAAUAAACUUUAUAAACGGAAGCAGGGCCAGGAAAGUAGCUAUGCAGCAAGGGCAACUUCCAGCUCCUCAUAUGCAAAUGCAGCAGCAGCAAUUGCAAACUCAAAUUACUCAAGUGCAGUCACAUGAAAAUCAAAUGAACCUUCAGUUACAAUCAAUGAACUUACCAGGUUCUGUAGCAUCAAUGCAACAGAAUAACAUGGGAAAUUGGCAUCAUAAUUUUAUGUCUUCUUUGUCUGGGGUUUCAAAUGCACAGCAAACCAUGAUUCAACAGCAACCUGCACAAUUGCAGCAGCAAGUGGGCCUGCAACAACAGGCCAAUUUAUUGCAGCGAGAUAUGCAUCAGAGACUUCAAGCAUCGGGAUCAUUGUUUCAACAGCAGAAUGUGAUUGAUCAGCAAAUGCAGUUGUACCCAUCACAAACACCCCUUUCAGAGACACCGACAAUGUCUAUUGAUAGCUCUGCCCAGAUGGGGCAUUCGGCCAGGGGUGACUGGCAAGAGGCGGCUUACCAAAAGAUGUAAUCCAUGAGGGAAGCUUAUUUACUUGAAUUGAAUGAGAUGUACCAGAAAAUCUCCAUGAAGUUACAGCAGCACGAGUCUCUUCCACAACAGCUAAAGUCAGAGCAGCUUGAAAAAUUGAAAGCUUUUAAAGGGAUGUUGGAACGUGUAAUUGCUGUUUUGCAAUUUGACAAAGCUGAUAUAGUGCCUAGUUUCAAGGAGAAGCUGGUUCAUUACGAGAAACAGAUAAUAAACUUUAUAAACGGAAGCAGGGCCAGGAAAGUAGCUAUGCAGCAAGGGUAACUUCCCCCUCCUCAUAUGCAAAUGCAGCAGUGGCAGCAGCAAUCGCAACCUCAAAUUACUCAAGUGCAGUCACAUGAAAAUCAAAGGAACCUUCAGUUGAUCGAUGAAUUUACCAGGUUCUGUAGCAUCAAUGCAGCAGAAUUCGCAGCAUUUGACUUGCGUUAAGAAGGAGAAACAUCCCAAAAUAGAGUUGAUCUUCAAGAAAUAGCCCAAUGGCGUUCCAACUUCGAACUCUGGAAUGCAGCUUGGGCUCCGCUGUUAUUAGUAGUUAUCAUUUACUGUAUUAAAGUAUAUCUUCUUUCGUAGUUUAUGUUCUCUCAAAAUAUUUCGAGUUGAA